AUGUUGAGAGCUAACAAUAGACAAUUACAACACGCCACAAAGACAUUUGUACGUCAUGCUUCCUACAACCAAUUGCAAUUUGGGAUCGAAGGAAGAGCUGCAUUGUUAAAGGGUGUCAAUACCUUGGCUGACGCAGUUUCCGUGACCUUGGGACCAAAAGGUAGAAACGUCUUGAUUGAGCAACAAUUCGGAGCUCCAAAAAUCACCAAGGAUGGUGUCACUGUUGCCAAGUCAAUCACUUUGCAAGACAAGUUUGAAAACUUGGGAGCUAAAUUAUUGCAAGAAGUUGCCUCAAAGACCAACGAAAGCGCUGGUGAUGGUACUACUUCCGCUACUGUUUUGGGAAGAUCAAUCUUCACUGAAUCAGUUAGAAAUGUUGCCGCUGGAUGUAACCCAAUGGAUUUGAGAAGAGGUUCACAAGCUGCGGUUGAUGCCGUUGUUGAAUUCUUGCAAAAGAACAAGAAGGAGAUUACAACUGCUGAAGAAAUUGCCCAAGUCGCCACCAUCUCCGCUAAUGGUGAUAAGGCUAUUGGUGACUUGAUUGCGUCAGCCAUGGAAAAAGUUGGAAAAGAAGGUGUUAUAACCAUUAAGGAAGGAAAGACUUUGGAAGAUGAGUUGGAGGUAACUGAAGGUAUGAAGUUUGAUCGUGGGUACAUUUCACCAUAUUUCAUCACCAACACCAAAACAGGAAAAGUUGAAUUUGAAAACCCAUUGGUUUUGUUAUCGGAAAAGAAGAUUUCAAGUAUACAGGACAUCUUGCCAUCUUUGGAACUCUCCAACCAAACUAGAAGACCUUUGUUGAUUAUUGCCGAGGACAUUGAUGGAGAAGCUUUGGCCGCUUGUAUCUUGAACAAAUUGAGAGGUCAAGUCCAAGUCUGUGCUGUUAAAGCCCCAGGAUUUGGUGACAAUAGGAAAAACACAUUGGGCGAUAUUGCCAUCCUCACUGGUGGUACUGUCUUCACCGAGGAAUUGGACAUCAAGCCAGAAAAUGCAACCAUUGACUUGCUCGGUAAGGCUGGUUCUAUCACUGUUACUAAGGAGGACACUGUUGUUCUCAAUGGCGAAGGUGCCAAAGAAAACAUUGAACAAAGAGUGGAACAAAUCAAAUCUGUCAUUGCUGAUGCACAAACUACCGAGUAUGAGAAAGAAAAAUUACAAGAGCGUUUGGCCAAAUUGUCUGGUGGUGUCGCCGUUAUUAGAGUUGGUGGUUCUUCUGAGGUUGAAGUUGGUGAGAAGAAAGAUAGAUACGAUGAUGCUCUCAACGCUACUAGAGCUGCUGUCGAAGAGGGUAUCUUGCCAGGUGGAGGUACCGCAUUAAUCAAAGCAGUUCCAGUAUUGGAAGAUUUAAAAUCCAAGAGUCAAGUAUUUGAUCAAAAAUUGGGAAUCCAAAUUAUCCAAAGAGCAAUCACCCAACCAUGCAAACAAAUCAUGGACAACAGUGGUGUCCAAUCAGAAGUUAUCGUUUCUAAAGUUGAAGAAAAUUCUGACUUCACCUGGGGUUACAAUGCCGCCACAAAUGAAUACGGUAACUUGAUUCAGCAAGGUAUUAUUGAUCCAUUCAGAGUUGUCAAGAGUGGAUUAACCGACGCUGUUGGUGUUGCAUCUCUUUUGGCCACUACCGAAUGUGUUAUUGCCAAUGCUGGAAAGGACGAAGUACCUGCUGCUGGAGGAGCUCCACCAAUGUUUUGA